AACUCAUAACCAAAACCCUCAAACCGGUCUUUAGAGUUUGAGAGCUAGAACAGAGAACGAAAAUGCAGAUCUUCGUGAAAACCCUAACGGGGAAGACCAUAACCCUCGAGGUCGAAUCAAGCGACACCAUCGACAAUGUCAAGGCUAAGAUUCAAGACAAGGAAGGUAUUCCGCCUGACCAGCAAAGACUGAUUUUCGCCGGGAAGCAACUCGAGGAUGGCCGUACUCUUGCCGAUUACAAUAUCCAGAAGGAAUCAACUCUGCAUCUGGUUCUGAGGCUUCGUGGUGGUAUCAUUGAGCCUUCUUUGAUGGCUUUGGCUAGGAAGUACAACCAGGACAAGAUGAUCUGCCGAAAAUGUUAUGCACGUCUGCACCCUCGCGCUGUGAACUGCCGGAAAAAGAAGUGUGGGCACAGCAACCAGCUGAGGCCAAAGAAGAAGAUCAAGUAGAGUGUUGAUUCUGAAGGGAUGCUACAUGUUUUGUUGUGUUGCUGGAUAAUUUACUUAAAUGAUGUAGCAUCAAAGAGUCGGCUAUUAAUAGAACGUUUAGAAUUUGACUUUUGUUAUGAUAUUCAAAUGUUUUGAGAUUUCUGUAGCUCAUUACUCUGGUCUUAUAUGCUUUUGACAUUGGUUCAUUUUUGAAUGUGUUGAUGAAACCAUCGUUUUCAUACCCUGAGCAAUAUCUUGUGUUAGUAUUAUGGGCUUACCGCAUUAUGUU